AAAAUACCAAAAAAAAACUACAUUUGAUCCUGAUUUAAAAAUCAUACAAACAUUAGAAUAACUACAACAUAAAUAGAAGAUCGAAUAUAUAACGUGAGAGGGGUGUGUAUGUGUGUGUGAUCGAUUGUGGAUAAUUGGGGACAGAUGAAUUAAAUACAACAGAACAUUAGGAUAAUCUAUCCUGGUAACAAUUAUCCUCAUCAUCAUCAUAAAUAUACUACUUAUAAUAAUAAAAUGCAAAAAUCAAUUCGUGCAAAUGAGCAUCAAUUAUAUUAUUUAGUGAAUAAAGCUCGUGAAAAUGGUUUAGCUAAAUUAUCUGGUAAUUUAUGGAAAAGAAGUUUAGAUACUGGUAAAUGGCAAUUACGUUACUUUAUAUUAUAUCAGAAUUUAUUGUUUUAUUUCGAUGGUGAACGUGCAGAAAGACCAUCUGGUGUUAUAUUUUUAGAAAGUUCUUAUUGUGAACCAAAUGUAAAUUUAAAAUCUGGACGAGAUGAUAAAACUGGUGGACAACAAGGAAACUACUUCACAAUAUCCUAUCGUAAAGAAGGUGUUCGUCAAUAUGAUCUACGUGCUGAUACUGAAGAAGAAUGUUUCAUGUGGGUUGAUGCAAUCAAUGGUGCCAGUAUGAGGUUACCUCACCAAUGUCCAUUGACAACUUGACCAUAGAUCAAACUCUGGAUCUUCAAGUUUCUCGAUAAACGUUUAACUUCUAAACUAUUUCCCAAACAACCAACGACAUGCAUGUCUAAUUCUAGUUAAUCUAAGACUUUUUUCAACCACCUUCCAAUGAUUGUUUGAUUCAGAUCAAACUGUAUCUUAAAUUAUAAAAGUCAAUAAUCACUAUAAACUAUCUAUGG